UGAUACUUUUUUUUUUUUCCUUCUUGGAAUUUUAAUACUCUGAUACCCAUAUCUAUUUUUUUUUUCCAUUGAAUUUUAUUCAUUCUUCUCUUAGAUCAUAGGAAGAAGUUCAAUAGAGGAACCCCGGAAUCAAUACUCCAAGUACCCAAGAUUCCAAGUUGAUUUAAUUCAUCUCAACUCUCUCCACAAAAAGUAUAUAUUACCGAAAAAUUAGUGGACACCCAUCUAAGUUGAACUCAGAAACUUUAGAUCUGCCACCUAUUAACCAACACCUAAACAACACGUUCAACAUAGACGAACAGAAACAAGUGAAACAACCAGAUCUCAUUUUGUUUAUAAACUCACCAUGGAAGAUCAUUUAACAUCCCCCGUCAAAAAUAAGGCCACGUCAAGAGUGAUUGAUUCACUCCAUUCCCAGAUUGAUGGUCUUAAAACUGAAUUUGAAACGGUUAAGAUGUCUCAUGACGAGUACAAGAAGAAGUUUGAAAUGCUUUCCAAGAAAAACGACCUGUUUGUAGAUCAAUUGGCCAAUGCCAAGCAUGAGAACGAUAUGGUGAAUGCGUUGUUAAGACGUAAGGAAAGAAGAAUUGUUGACUUGGAAGAUCAAUACAAUGAAUUGUCACUGGACAAUGAAACUGUUCGGUUGAGUUUCAAAAACAUGAAGAUUCGUUGUGAGAACUUACAAGAGAAUUCUGCGUCACUGACCGCUGAGUAUGAACGGUUAAAGAUUGCGUAUGAUGCGUUGAUUGCAUCCCAACAAGAAUAUAAGAGACAUUACUCUCUGGAAAUCAAUACGUUAACCAAUCGCUUCGAUACUUACAAGAAGGAACAAGAAGAGAAAUUGGCCAAACUUUCCGACCAAUUCUGUUCCAACGACAAGGACGUUGAAACUCUUUUGGAUAGUUUGACCAACAAGAAACGUGCCAUGGAAACAUUGUAUGUUAAUAAGAAUAAGCAUGUAUUAGAUCUUUUGGUUAAAUUGAGUAAAGUUGCCAAGUUACAUGGUCAAGAGUCUAAACAAGUUUUAGCUGAAAGUAUAGAAACUGUGGAGUUACUUGUUGCCAAACAUCCUGAUUUGGCAGAAAAGAUCAAGGAACAUGAAAAUGUUGACAUUGAUUUAAGUGAGAUUUUACAAGAACUGAAUGAGAUGGCUAAUUCUUCAUUUGAUGAAGAGGCCACCUUGAUCAACAGUCCUGAGCUUGCCAGUGAGCCAAAGAUGAAGCAACAACAGCAACCUCAACAACAACAACAGCAACAACAAACUCAACCUUCCAACAACCAGGCUAACAGGAGAAGGAAGAACAAGAGAAAUUCCAUGAGAGUGGACUCUAAUAACAGCAACAUGCCUGACUUCAGCCACAUCAACACCCCAACCGGUCAACCACAAUUGAACCUCCCAAAGAGAAACUUCAACAGUGGGCCACAUAAAAGCGGAGGGUUCAAUGAUUCCAGACAACGUACUCCGACGCCACCACCAUCUCAGCAACAACUGAACCCUCAAAGAAGGAACAACAGUAACAACAGCAACAAUGGUGGCCAUAACAACGGUAAUGGUAACAACUCGAACAAUAACUCCAAUAAUAAUAAUAAUGUUAAUGGUAACAAUAACAAUAACAAAUCCAAAAGAAGAUCCAUGUAUGGUGCCAAUAAUAACGCUAACAAUAACGGUGGCUACAAUGGCAACUACAGAGGCAACAGACAAAGUUUUCAUGAACUGCAGCCCGUAAAUUAUUAA